CACUGUCAGCGCGCACAACAAAGCCGGGUUGAUUUCAUCCAAGGAACAAGGAUUAUUUUGAAUAACCCGAAACAUUUGGAGAUACCCGGGGACAGUGGACUUUCUUUAUAAUGGACGAGGCUUUUUUAAAGUCCGCGUUACCGAACCAGGGCCCGUUUGUGGUGGACGACACGACUCUGGCUUUACCGAGCGACACAACCUCCAAACCCGGAGGAAAAGUUAAUUCAAACGACAGGAGCCUGCGCGUACAGCAGCAGGUUCAGCUCACUCUGGCACGGAAGGGCAGGAAGGCGCUGCCAAAUGGAAGUGUCCAUUCACAGAGGAGCACGGCCUGUAGCUUCGACCAUUCGGAGGGACACCUACCAGUGAUGAAGGUUAACGGACUAGGCCUGAGUAACCGCUCCCUCUCCUCCAAACCGUGCAGGAGGGUGGAGGUGACCCCGCCCCCUAGCCCUGGUACUCCCCAGCGCCCGCUUAUGUUUGGAUUUCACAGUAUGGGCAUGUACACCGUCCCAGGACCUGCCCACCUCAACCGAGUCACGCUGGACCGAUCACUGUCCUCGGACUUCUAUCACCGCUAUGCCUUUUCGGAUGGACCAAGACUCAUGAGACCACACAGGUCCAGUGCCAGCUACAGACAGAGAGCCUUCAGACAUGUUGCCCUACCUCAGCCUGUGUUCGAAGAUGAAGUUUUUUACCCUAAUGUGGAGCAGAGCAAUAGUACAAGAUGGUCCCAGAGACAGACUUCUAUUAAACAAGACCACAACAGUGUAGGGCAUGGACUGAAUGGGACAGUCCCCCCUGAAAGUGGUUCAGCCUGGCUGUCCCGGGUCAGAGGGAGCACCCAUGCCCUCCGCAGGCUCAACUCCUACCCCCCCUCUACCACCAGUAUGGAGGUGGACACAACCAGACCAAAUGGAGAGCUGACCAUACGAGCGGGCAAUGUCACAGCACUAAAGUCAGAAAACAGGGCUCCGGAGAUGACCAUAGAGAGGGCUGUGAGUCUACUGUCCCAGGACAAUGAGGAGACCCUGUUGUGCGCUGUCAGCUUCAUACAGAACCAGUGCUUCAAAAGCGCAGACGCAAAGAAGAUGAUUUACUAUCUACGUGGCAUUGGGAAGCUCAUGGAGCUGUUGGGUCACGACAAUGAAGAGGUACAGCACGUGGCGGCCGGUUCUCUGAGAAAUCUGGUGUUUCAGAGCGACGAAAACAAGAUGGAGGUUAAGGAGAACAACGGUUUGUCCACAAUACUGCGGGCGUUGAAGAGCAGCAGAGAUGUGGAGACCAGGAGACAGCUCACAGGUCUGCUGUGGAACCUGUCUUCUCAUGAUCUUCUGAAGGAGCACCUGUCUGUGGAUGCCCUCCCGGUGCUGACCCAGUCUGUCCUAGUACCGAGCUCGGGUCUGUCCGAGGGAGAAAACCCCAAAGAUGAGCUGCUGGCUGACGAGGAUGUGUUCCACAACGCCACGGGAUGUUUACGAAAUCUGAGCUCAGCUGGAUCUAAUGGGAGAAAGGCCAUGAGGGAGUGUGAGAACCUCAUUGACUCCCUGGUGUACUACAUCAGAGGCACCAUAGCUGACUACAAAACAGAUGACAAGACGACAGAGAACUGUGUGUGUAUCCUUCAUAACCUGUCCUAUCAGAUUGAGGAGGAGCUGCCCCGGAUGUUCGCUGAGGAGCUACGCCAAUCCAGGCUCAACGUGGCCCCCAAACCCAAACCUGUGGGCUGCUUCCCCAGCCGCAGCGCCAAGAUCACAGAGCAGCUGGAGCGACACUGCCCCCUGCUGGAGGAGAAGUCUAAUCCAUGUGGUGUAGAGUGGCUGUGGAGCUCCAUCACUGUGCGCAUGUAUCUGUCGCUCAUCGCCCGCAGUGUGCGUCACCACACACAGGAGGCAGCACUGGGCGCGCUGCAGAACAUCACAGCGGGGCACGGGCCUGUGACUGAAGCCAUUUGUUUCACUAUUGUCCAACGAGAGAACGGUCUGCAGCACAUCAAGCGGCCACUGGAGGAGGGGGACAGUGAAGUGAGACGUACCGCCGUGUCUCUCAUAAGAAACCUCUCCAGACACAGAGAACUGCACCCAGAAAUCAUUACUCAUGUGUUACCAGAGAUUGUGUCCAUGCUGCCUAAUAAUGACCGGGGCACAGACCAGCCCUCAGAGGUGACCACCUGCCUUUGCCACAUCCUCCUGAACCUGAGUCAGAACCAGACCGACAGUGUAAAGGCUGUGGUCAACCAGGGGGCCCUGCCCAAAAUCAUCAACAUCAGCAGCAAGGACAAUGGUUAUGGUCCGAGCCGGGCUGGCCAGGCAGCCUGUGUUCUCUUACACUCAAUGUGGAAGCAUACUGAUCUGCACAGCCUCUACAAAAAGUGUGGAUUCAGAAAAGCUGAUUUUAUCAACUCACGGACAACAAAAGUGAUGAACUCUACAUGAGACUGACCUCGGAUUCUAAAACCUCAACUUUUACUGGUUACAAAAGACUCUAACUGACAGUCAUAGUCAUAAAGGGUAUGUCAUUCUUCCCCCAACAAAAUGAAAAAGUACUGUAAUUUGUAUUCCGUCAAACACUUGACUGUACUGAUGUCAUCUCAAUGAAACUCCCAAAAUAAUAAAAAAAAAAAUAAUAAAAAAAUGGGUGUCUGCUGUGCAAAAUGACAAUGUCAUGUGCAGUAAUUUCAAGGGGCAAAACAUUAUAAUCUGGUUCAAUUUAUUUUUUUAUUUGAAUAGUAUAUUGAAUCAUUUGACAUAUAAACUAAUACUAGAAAUAUUAAAAAUACACAAAAUGCUGGUGUCAAUAGAUUAAAUACAGUGUCAUUGUUUAACCUCACUUUUGGAUGACUUAGGAACAUUUUAAUAGCUCACACAUAAUUUUAUAAAUAUCAAAGUUAGCAAAAAAAUCCAAAAAGAUUUUAAAGAACAAAGAAAAUAUGUUGUACAUAAUAGUAUGAAAAAGCACUGACAGGUGAAUGUAAAAAUAUUUGUUACUUUGUUUUGGCAGCUUAGUAGAACUGUUGUGUUUUAAGUACUUAGAUAUAACUUUAGCUUAAUGAGAACCACACUGAAAAUGUAUUGUAAAAAUAUAGUGAUUUGUGUUAUUUGAAUAAACUAAUACA